AUCCACCUUCCGUUCCUACGGCUCACUCCGUUCGCCUCCGUCGCUCUCGGUGGAUUAGAAUGCCCAAUAAUAUAAAUGGAUUACCUUGAUCGAUCAGCAAACGGAUUGGGCGCCAUUCCAAUUGGUUAUUAGUUUAAAACUAAAACGAGCAUGAGAACAGACUAUUUAGUGUUUGCUGGCGUAAUGUUGCUUAUAAAUGUGAAUGUAACAAAUUAAUUGAGUCAUUUUUAGUCUGUUCGUUUCAUGUAGUAACCAUGAAGUUUGUCAAACAGCCACAAUCAUUAAAUGUGAAUACAGUUUGUAUUGAGCCUCGAAAUACUGGUUCUCGUCAUGGAGACCUACUACCCAACUCUGUACGUUGCAUUAUUUGCGGGCCUUCCAAUUCUGGGAAAACUAAUUUGUUAAUAGGUCUUCUCAUACAUGAGAAUGGAUUAAGAUUUCAAAAUGUUUAUGUUUAUUCGAAAACUCUGCAUCAACCCAAAUACAUUUUUUUAGAACAAGUUUUGCAACGAGUUCCUGGUGUAUCAUUCCAGAAAUAUCAUGGUAAUGAGGAAGUACUGAGUGUCCAGGAGGCAAAACCUAAUUCUGUGAUCAUAUUUGAUGAUGUUGCUUGCGAAAACCAAAACAAUAUGCGUGAUUACUUUGCGAUGGGAAGACAUAAAUGUAUUGAUUGUUUUUAUCUUAACCAAACAUAUACUAAAAUUCCUAAACAGUUAGUUCGGGACAAUGCUAACUUAAUUAUACUUUUUAAACAAGAUGAAAUUAAUUUGAAACAUAUUUAUGAAGAACAUGUCAACACUGAUAUGUCAUGGAGCGAAUUCCGUGAAAUGUGUUCAAAAAUAUGGAGUGAACCUUUCAAUUAUAUAGUCAUUAAUAAGGAUUGUUCCAAAAAUAAAGGAUGUUACAGAAAUAAAUUUGACACUUUUGUAAUCUUUGAUUAAGAUCAUAAAUAUUUAAGUAUCUUACCACAGAAAUAUUAUUAUUCGUUAAACAACGCUUAACCUAUCAAGAUAUAAAAAUGGAAAAAACAUUAAAAAAACAAAUUGUUGAUGCUGCAGAAGCUGUUAAGAAAAAAAUACGAAAGAUGAAAGACAUUGAGAUUGAUAAUAAUCAGACACUGGAGUCAAUGUUCAAGCCUGUAACAGAACCUCUCAACCUAAUUGCAAAUGCAAGCCAGCAACCGCCUCGUUUAUAUGCUACGGGAAAUGAAGAAGCAGAUAUUUCAUUUAUUGAUUCAGCUUCUCAGAAAGAAAACCUGAGUAAAGUCGACGGUGACUAUGAAUCCGACAAGGACAGUGAUUGUUCGUUUCAAUCAUUGGUUGAAAAUAAACAGGGUGAUACAUCAUCUUGGUCAAUAACCUCAGAAGCACUUGCCGGGGUCCCAUAUGGUGUCAGAGUGGUGGAUGGGAACUUGAUGCUAGGUUCAGCUCGCAUAACAAUCAGCGAUGAAUAUAUUAAUGUGUCUGGUCACAAAUAUCAAAAUACACCUGGUUUAAAACAGUUGUUGCUAAAGAAAGAUGUAGAUUUAAGUUUGGUAACCGACAGGGAUAUGCAACAUUAUAAGUCAAUGCUACUCGAUACAAAUGCUCAUCGACGAGACUAUGAUUCCGGUAAACCAAUAAAAAGUAAUAAGGGGCAGAAAUAUUUACAAGUUAUUAAGCCACUUUUUAAACUACAAAGUACCAUCCAAGACAGUAUUCCGAAGGGAAAAGGACUGUCAUUGACAAAAAUGUGGAAAAAGAACACAGAUUUUGUAUAUUGGGAUGAUCCAAAUGAACUAGUGGAUAGGUUAAAAUUACUGAUAGCUUCUCGAGAUGCUGGUAACACUGGAGUUAACAAUGAAAUUAUAUCUAUCAUUGAAGAAUUGCGUGAAAAUAAAAUAAUAAAUAAAUGAUUUUAAAAAAUGUAUUCAUUUUAUUGUUAACCUUUCAUCAAUAUACACCUAAAUAUGAACGUAGACAAAUUUGGACAUCACGUUCAUAAAAGAUUACGUUUAACAGAGUUACUUGACUUUAAUGAGAACGCCCUGUGCAAGUCAGAAACGGGAGACUAUGAUUUAAAAACAAUUAGAUUGAAAGGAAUAAGAUCUCCUGUAGAAGGAGACGAAGCUGUGAACAAGGAUUAUGUAGAUCGAAUGAAUGCUCAGACAGUACAAGAAUUCAAUAGACUGAUUUCUUCAUUACGUUCUCAAAUUAUAAUAGAUGGGCAAAAUGCAGUUAAGUCUUAUUUAAAAACAAAGUCAUCAGACGUUUUGACUCAUUUCGAAGACAAGUUUUAUACUAAAGCAGAGGUAGAUAAGUUAAUUAAAAAUUUCCCUAAUGGCAAAACAGCAAAUAGUUAAUGAAAUACAUAAAGCCGCACGAAGAAAUUUCCUGAGGCGUUCAGUUAUUUUAAAAGGAAUCGAUGAUUUGUGGCAAGCCGAUCUGAUGGACAUGCAAAACUUGAAAAAGUAUAAUAAAAGUUACAAUUAUGUGCUAGUGGUUAUUGAUUGCUUCUCAAAGUAUGCUUGGGCGGAACCAUUGAAAUCAAAAAAUAAACAAGAUGUUACUCAUGCAUUUGAAAGGAUAUUGAUUGAUAGUAAUCGCAGACCUGUUAAUUUACAAACGGAUAUGGGGACCGAGUUUUAUAACAAUACGUUUCAGAAUCUUAUGAAGACGAACAAUAUUAACCAUUACUCAACGUUUUCAACCAAAAAAGCUUCGAUUGUUGAAAGACUAAUAAGAACUAUUAAAAACAAGUUAUAUAAAUCUUUUAGCUAUAACGGAAACUACAAAUGGUUAGGACAACCGUUAGAAGUAAUAUUGAAGACAUAUAAUAAUACAAAGCAUCAGACUAUUAAAUAUAAACCAGCUGAAGUAAAUAAAUAUAAUGAACACGAUAUAAAAGAAAAUAUUAACAGAACAUUAAAGAAAAUAUCUUCUCUCCAUACAAAGAAACCUAAGUUUAAAGUAGGCGAUUAUGUACGCAUCAGUAAAUACAAACACAAUUUCGAGAAAGGUUACACCCCCAAUUGGUCAACUGAAUUAUUUACUAUUAAAAAGAUUAAUAAAACCAUACCAGUAACAUACCACAUAGAAGAUCAGCGAAAAAAAAUAAUAUUGGGGGCAUUUUAUGAGCAAGAACUUCAGAAAUCUAAUUAUUCUGAUGUUUAUUUGAUAGAAAAAGUUUUAAAAAGAAGAGGACGUAAACUGUUCGUGAAGUGGUUAGGUCUGAAUGAUGAAGAAAACAGUUGGAUUGAUAAAGCUGCAAUAAUGAGUUAAAAUAUAUAAAUAAUACAGAUGUAAUAUUUGUAUCAGUACACUUAAAGUAAUGCAAGGUGGUGGACUAGUAAAUAACAUAAUUAAUAAUCUACCGUUCGAAGUUCAUUUGCCCGGAUACAAUUAUUGCGGACCAGGAACUAAACUUCAAAAACGAUUGUUGCGAGGUGAUCGAGGCGUGAAUAAGCUAGACGAAGCUUGUAUGCACCACGACAUUGCUUACGCAAAUCAUACAGAUCUAUCCCAUCGUCACAAAGCUGACUUACAAUUACUCAACAUGGCUAAACAAAGACUUAAAUCAAAAGAUGCGGGAAAAGGUGAAAAGUUAAGCUCAUGGCUAGUGAGCAAGGUUAUGAAAGCAAAACUGAAGUCUGGUUCCGGUGUAAAAACAUUUAGAAGCUUGGUUUCAAAAAUUAGAUCAAAAAUUAAAAAAAUGAAACCCAAGAAUAGUAAAACUUUGAUUAAAGUUGCUUAUUUAGCAGCAAAAAAAAUGUUUCCAGGAAUUAAUCGAAUUCGAGUACCGCGAGUAAUACCUUUGCCAAAGACUGGAGGGGUUUUGCCUCUAAUCCCUAUUUUCGCUGGUUUAUCAGCUUUAGGAACUUUAGCUGGUGGUGCCGCUGGUAUUGCAAAAACUGUGAAUGAUUACAAAGCAGCUCAGCAAAAUUUACGAGAAACAGAACGACACAAUAAGGUUAUGGAAGGCUUAGUGGUGGGCAAGGGUUUAUACAUUAAACCGUACAAAAAUGGCAAAGGUUUGUUUAUAAAACCAUCAAAAAACUAAAAAGUAUGCUACCCAAUCGUCCUCUGACUAAUGUAGAUAUUCAAAAGUAUGCAAAAGACAUCCCAUAUUUCCGGGGAAUCUACAUGAAGGAUCAGUUACCAAGGAAGCCGAAAAAAAUUGAAUGCGCUAUCGUAAACUUAGACGAUUCUAAGAACGAAGGAACUCAUUGGGUAGCUUAUGUUAAAUUAUACAAGCAUUGUGAAUAUUUUGAUAGCUAUGGAGAUUUAAAACCUCCAACAGAAUUAAUGCGAUAUUUUAAGAAUUGUAAUGUUUAUUAUAACUACACAAGAUAUCAAAGAUUCAAUGCAGUAAAUUGUGGUCACUUAUGUUUAGAGUAUUUGAUGACUUUUUGGAAUAAAAAAAUAUAAAAUGUAUGUUUUUCUUUAAUUUUAAUCAUUUCCACAAUGUCACUCACUUUGUCAAUAACUGGAAAUUCGUCAAAUUUAUCUACAUACUAUCCAAAUACGUUGCAACUAGAUGGAGCUUAUGAGUGCGCCUUAUUGCAUUUUUCAACAUUUAAUUCUAUUCCCAACAUUGACAAAACGAAUAACAAGUUCUACUACGGUUCCAACGAAGUUAUUGAAAUACCGGAAGGUACAUAUGAAUUGCAAGAUAUCAGUGAUUAUUUAAAAUCUGAAAUUAAGGAUGCAACAAUAAAACUACUGUGCAAUAAUAAUACGUUAAAAACUACUAUUUUCUGUACAAAAGACAUUGAUUUUAGCAAAGAAAGCUCUUUCAGAAGACUGUUAGGAUUUAAUAAGCAGAUUUUAAAAGGUAAUAAAUGGCAUGUAUCACAGUUUCCAGUCAACAUUUUACCUACGACUGUGAUCAGGGUUGAAUGUGAUAUUGUAAGCGGCUCGUUUAUAAACGGUGAACCAAGUCACAUUAUUCACGAAUUUGCACUCAACGUGCCACCUGGAUAUAGGAUCAUAGAAAUACCGAAGAACGCAAUAUACUUUCCGAUAAAUCAAAAUAAUAUAAGCUGUAUUCAUAUUAGGCUAUUAGACAUAAGGAAUCGCUUAAUAAAUUUACGUGGUGAAGAAGUGCAGCUGUAUUUGCAUCUUAGACGAAAAAAUGAUUGACUACAAUAAAUAUGUACCUCAACAAGUUAAAAAUAUCAGUUCUACUCGAGCUACUCACCAUACAAGACCACGCUCUAAGAAGAAAAUAAAAUUAACUAAAGAUAAUAAGGCAUUCCUUAAAGCAAUCGGAUUACUAAAAUGAAUAUAUUAGACGUUUUAUCCACUCCGACUUACGACACUGCAAUAGAAGGAAUUGAAUUUCAUUCUUACAAACCCUACGUAACAAGUUUUAAUAGAAAUGAUGAAAUACGUAUACCUAUCAAUCAACAGGACCUGUACAUAUUACCAUCAGCUAGCACUUUAUAUUUGGAAGGAACCGUUAUAGUUAGCAAGAAGGAUACGAAAGACAAAGCUACUAGUGUCCAUUUCACCAACAAUGCUCUACUUUACUUAUUUCAAGAUAUUAGGUAUGAGCUAAAUGGAGUAGAGAUAGAUAAAAUAAAAAAUGCUGGUAUAACUACAACCAUAAAAUCGUUAAUAUCAAUGAAUGAGGGCGAAUCAAAGAUGUCUAACGCCUGGGGUUGGAAUAUCGAUGGAAUAAAAAAUAAUCAUGGAGGAAGUUUUUCUGCUUCUAUCCCACUUCGCAAUAUCCUCGGUUUCGCUGAAGAUUUUAAAAAAGUCAUCAUAAAUAGUAGACACGAACUGGUACUGUUACGAAGUAACACUAAUUUGAACGCUGUAAAACUUAGCACCGGCGAAGUAGUGGAUGACGUUCACAUCAACAAAAUCAUAUGGCGCGUACCACAUGUUAAAGUAUCAGAUAAAGAAAAAAUUUCUUUGCUAAAACUGUUAGAAAAAGAUCGUCCGCUUCAGAUGAUUUACAGAAAUUGGGAUCUCUACGAAUAUCCAGCUUUACCUAAAACUACAAAGCAUACGUGGUCUAUCAAAACUGCAUCUCAAAUUGAAAAACCAAGAUACGUCAUUAUAGGCUUACAGACAAAUAGGAAAAAUAGUGCAAGUUCUGACAUGUCUCAAUUCGAUCACUGCAAUGUUCGUGACGUAAAAGUGUACCUAAAUUCAACUUAUUUUCCAUAUGAAAGUCUUAAUGUGAACUUCGCUAAUAACAGAAUUGCAUUAUUAUAUGAGCAAUACGUCAGAUUUCAACAGUCGUAUUACGGACGCCGUCCAGAACCCUUGUUAAGUGAGAAACAGUUUAAAGAUUUAGCACCGCUGUUUGUAGUCGAUUGCUCUAGACAAGCAGAUAAUCUAAAGGCGAGUCCUGUCGUAGAUGUAAGAGUAGAAAUUGAGAGUGAUUCGGAACUACCAGAUCAAACUGCAGCUUAUUGUCUCAUUCUGAAUGACUGCAUUGUUGAAUACAAGCCAUUAAGUAACAUCGUAAAGAAGAUAUCAUGAACGCAGAUACCAUCAUAGUUGAUCUCCAAGGAUUUAAAGAUAAUCAAAAUAAUUUUAUCGUGAAGGAAGUGGCCAUUGUAAGUCAGGAACUUACCCAAACAUUCUUAGUAAAACCACCAUAUCCGUUUCAUUAUUUGUCUAAAGAAGAAAAGAAGCAAGUGAGAUGGAUAGAAAGAAAUCGAGGAAUUUACUGGAGUGAGGGCUACAUCGAUUAUAAAGAAUUUCAACGCAUCGUAGUAUUAUAUCUCGAGAAUAAGAAAAUAAUGACCAAGGGUUUGGAAAAAAUACAGUGGAUUCAAGAAUUAUGCACGAACUGUAAAGUGAUUGAUCUUGGUGAAAAGGGAUGUCCUAAUCUUUCAACAUUAAAAAGAAUGUUUUUAAAAAAUAAAAGAGACUUUAACUGUGUGCAUCAUAGAAUUAACUGUGCAUUAAAUAAUGCUGUGUGUAUAAGAAAAUGGUAUUUUGAUAAUAACAUGUCUGUGUUUAAUUUAUUCAGCAAAAAGUUUGGAAAUGAUGAAGUGGAUUGUUAAUAAUGUGUCAUAAAAUACCAUUAUACAUACUUAUAUUAUGAAAAACAUUCGUUUCAUGUUCAUUCCUGUCUAUUGCACUUACACGUGUCUGGUGCUAAAUAUGACACCACACAGGUGCACUCGUAUAAAGAAUACAGGUUUAAACUUGUUAAAACAUGACAUUGAUUCAAAGCAUACGAGUCUUUAUUGAGUACUGUUACAUUAAACUAUUUCACUUCCUUCGUCAUUGCGCUGUCCGUUGUCGAAGUGGUAACAUCUCAUCAAAAAAUAAAACAUUAUCAUCAAUAAUGUGUGAUUCUCCUGACAUUCGUUUCUCACAAUACGCUCAAGGUUUUCCUACUCCAAGUUUGAGCUGGCAUACACCAGAGCCACAACCUCGUGCGAGUAAGAAGCCUAGAGUGAGACGUCAAAAGCAAAAGCAGACUCCAGUGUACCAAUCGUUCGUCAUCAACAAUGAGAAGAAAAAAGGAGUACGGCUCAUUCAAGUACAAGUGUUGGACAUUAAUGAACAACAAAAACCUGCAACCCCUGACGGAGAAGUGCUAGUGAUGAGUGCGCAAUACGUUGUGACUGAGCCUGUGGACUAUAUAAUGGACGAGACACAGGCAUUAAUAAAUAAAAUAUCCAAAAAACUUUGUGAAGACUAUAGUUAUAAGUUAUAAGUUAAGUAUGAUUAUUUGUAGAUAUGUAUGUAAAUAUGUUGCAUGUGAAUAAUAUAGGUAGAUUUUAGUUAUUAACUUUAGGAUAUUUAUAUUAUUUUGUCUACACACAUCACAUGUUUAAUUGUAAUCUUUAUAUAUAUGUAAGGAAACUUUGUGAAAACUAUAGUUAUAAUUAAGUAUGAUUAUUUGUAUGUAUGUAAAUAUGUUGCAUGUGAAUAAUAUAGGUAGAUUUUAGUUAUUAACAUUAGGAUAUUUCUAUUAUUUUGUCUACACAUCACAUGUUUAAUUGUAAUCAUUAUAUUAAAUAUAUAAGGAAAUCACAUUUUAAUCUAAGUUUAUAAAAAUAAUUGUACCUAGCCAUAAUUAGCUGUGUAGUAGUAUUGUAGUUGAUUCUGGUAAUAUUAUAUUUGCGCAGUUAUAAAGUUAAUUUUAUAGUAAUGUUGUAAAAAUAUAUAAUGUUUAAACUUUAUCUAGAAUAGUUUGUAGUUUAUCAAUGUACAUAUAAUAUUAUAAGUUACUGUUAUAUAUUUAAAUAAACAGGAUAAAUUUUAAAUUUA